UAGCAGUUCGGUUGUGUUUUUUUUUAUUUGUGUUAGUUGUAUUUUAACAUUUUUAAGUGAGUUUUUGUGUUGUAAAUUGUGUUUAUUAAUGUAAUUGGAGUGCUUGAAAGUGGUCAAGAUGCCGGUGUUUCACACGAAAAUUAUUGAGAGUAUCUUGGAGCCGGUGGCUCAACAGGUAUCGCGGCUGGUCAUACUUCACGAGGAGGCAGAAGAUGGCAACGCUAUGCCAGACCUGGCGCGCCCCGUGCAGGCCGUCUCCCUCGCCGUCAACAAUCUCGUCAAGGUGGGUCACGAGACAAUCGAGUCGUCAGAGGACGCGAUCCUCCGGCAGGACAUGCCGGGCGCGCUGCGACGUGUGGAGGGCGCGGCGACCUUGCUGCAGCAGGCCUCAGACAUGCUGCGCGCUGAUCCAUACUCCGGACCUGCGAGGAAGAAAUUGAUCGAAGGCUCUCGUGGUAUCCUGCAAGGUACAUCAGGUCUUCUGCUAUGCUUCGAUGAGUCAGAAGUCAGGAAAAUUGUUAAGGAGUGCAAAAAGGUGCUCGAUUAUCUAGGAGUUGCGGAGGUGAUAGAUACAAUGGAAGACCUAGUUCAGUUCCUACGUGACAUCUCGCCCGCACUGUCCAGAGCGGCCAGAGAGGUGGCAUCCCGCGCGGCGGAGCUGACACACCCGCCGCACGCGGAGACACUGGCGCGCUGUCUGGAGAGUGUCAAGCAGCUGGCGCCAGUGCUCAUCUGCGCCAUGAAGAUAUACAUACAUAUACUUACUGAAGGUGGCAAGGGAAUGGAGGAGGCGGCAGAGAACAGGAAUUACCUCGCUCAGCGCAUGGCUGAUGAAAUACAUGAAAUUAUCCGAGUGCUGCAGCUGACUUCAUACAUUGAGGACGGUGGGGAGAAGGAGAAUGUGGCGCUGCUGAAGGCGCUCCAGACACAGAUACAUACCAAGAUGGGCACCGCACAUGAGUUUCUUAACGACUCGUCAGCGCUCCGCAACAGCGGGGGAGAGCGCGCACUGAGGUCCGUGCUGACGUCAGCGCAGCGCGCCGCCGACCACCUCGCCACAGACCUCAGCGACACUCUGCGUCGCAACGUCAGGUCUGGAGGUAUCAACGCGGACCACUUGUGUGACGAGAGACAGUUCGGCCGCGGCAGGGAGACCAAGGCUUUAAACCUGGCGUCGGAGCUGCGCGGUCAACUAAACGAGGUGGAAGGGAUAGUGAACGAGGGGGUGAGGGUGGCGGAGAAGCAGGGGGGAAAGACCAUACAGUCCAGACUGGAGAGCGCACACAAGUGGCUGGUGCAGCCGGGAGCGGAGGCGCACACACGCGCGGAGGGGCAGCGCGCCAUCGCCAGCGUCGUCGCACAGGGGCACAGGAUCGCGGAGGGGCUGCAGGGUCGGGAGAAGGCGGAAGUGCUGCAGCUGUGCGGCGAAGUGCAGCGGCUCUCGGACAAGCUUGCAGACUUGUGCGCCAGCGGGCUCGCAAACUCGGACGAGGCCAGGGCCAUCACCAGGGAGCUAUCGGACAAGCUGCACGAGCUGAAGCGCGGCAUGGAGCGAGCUGUAGUCAACCGCGUGGUGGAAGACUUCAUCGACGUGGCUGCACCGCUCAGGCACUUUGCUGAUGCUGUUAAUGCUCCUGAAGGUAGUGCAGGUCGCGAGGCCAACUUCCUGGAGCGAGCGAGCGCGCUGCAGGCGUUCAGUGCGCGCGCAGCCGCAGCAGCAGGCGUGGUGGCGGCCGCCGCACAUGACAAGCGCCUCGCUGACCAGCUGCUGCACAACAAGAGAGAGGUGGAAAAAUUAUCGCCGCAACUUAUCGCAGCUGGGAAAAUUCGACUACACUAUCCUGACAGUAAGGUGGCUGAAGAGCACUUCAACAACUUGAAGAAUCAAUACGCAGACGCGGUCCUGCGCGUAAGAGAUUUGUGCGACCAAGCCGUCGAUCCUUUGGACUUCGUGAGAACUGCUGGCGAACUAAUGCAGAAACACACAUACCUCUGUGAGGAUGCGAUACGCAACAACGACGCGCAGAAGAUGGUCGAUAACACUUCUGCCAUCGCCAGGUUGGCAAAUCGCGUGCUGCUGGUGGGCGGGGCGGAGUGCGAGAACACGGAGGACAGGGAGUUCGGGCGCGCGCUGGCGGCGGCCCAACAGCGGCUGCAGGCCAGCAUCCCGCCCGCUGUGCGCCUCGCCAAGCGGGUCGCGCUGGGGGAGCGCGCCGCUGUGCCCGGCUGGCGCACCGCCAACAACGAGAUAAUGAGUGCAGCGAGCGAGGUGGAAGGCGCGCUGUCACGACACGCGGUGCGCGCACCACCACUCGCCGAGGUUUAUUGA